AUGUUACUCUUUUAUGUUUUCCUUCCACCGCUCCUCUUCAUAUUCCUUCGCGCAUAUGGCCUUAUCAAGAAUUACCAAAAUGCCCGGAAAUUUGGCCUCCCGAUCAUUCUUCUUCCCGUCUCCUUUGAAGAUUCAUGGUGGAUGCCGCUCAGACCACUUUUCGCCUGGGUCGAACAUCUUCCAUGGGGACUAGGAAGCUGGUACGUCUACACGGAAAUGGGAUGGCCAACGAUCGAUGGUAAUCGGACCACUGCGCGCCUCGGCGAGAACUUUGUUCUUUGCUCUCCAUCUAGCAAUCAGAUAAUAACUUGUUACCGUGCUGGACUGAAAAGUUCGUUUGGGCAGCACAAGAACUGGAUGCUUCCCAAAGCACAGUCCCAGCUAUUCGCAUUUUAUGGUCAAAAUGUAUCCUCGACAAAUGGUACGGAUUGGCAACGACAUCGAAAAAUUACUGCGGCCGCGUUUAAUGAAGAUAUGAUGGAGCGAGUCUGGCAUGAGUCCACAAAUCGUGCAGGGUCGUUCGACCGUGUGGGCGAACGCAACUUUACACUUGGAAGCCUCCGAUCAGAACUAGAGAUCAUUGCUAUGCAAGUUCUGGCUGUCGUUGGAUUUGGCCAGGACCGGUCAUUGACCUCCAUUCCGUCAGGUCAUAAGGAAUCAUUGUUGGAAUGCCUUAACGCUGUCCUGAAGCAUCUGAUUUUGACCCUUGUCUUCAGUGGACUGAAAGCUCCUAAUUUCCUCCUACCUCGCAUUCUUCGCCGUCUGAAGGUCUCAGUUGCCGAGCUCAGGCUUUAUAUGGAGGAGUCUGUUUUAUACCAGAUGCGCCAAUCAAGUAGCACAGAUUCCAAAUCCCAAUCGCCGAGUCUUCUCGAGGCUAUGGUCAAAGCUAACGAGGUAGAGAAGCAAGAGUCUCUGAAGAAAACCGCUCGUGCUUCGUAUCUAACAGACUCCGAGCUGUACGGAAACCUUUUUGUGUUCAACAUUGCCGGAUUUGAAACUACUGCUUCUUCGAUGACUUUUGCCCUCCCCUUCCUAGCUGCCUACAGAGACGUACAAGAUUGGAUCAUUGAAGAAGUUGAUCGCCAUUACACAGCUUCCAGCGAUCGCAGCUACGCAACUGCCUACCCAAAAUUGGUGCGAUGCUUGGCAUGCCUGUAUGAGACGCUUCGAGUUGCUAGCCCUGCGCCACUACUCAUUCGAGAACCUACGGUCGCACAAACGCUGCCCAUCAUAACACCACAUGGAGAGUCCUCAAUCAUAGUUAACCCUGGUACUUUAGUCGGCGGUCACCUCUAUGGAGCUCACCUAUCUUCUCGCUGGGGUCAUGAUGCUGAAACUUUCAACCCAAAACGCUUUAUCUUAGUCGCUUCAAACGGAGAUGAGACGUUGGUAUUGCCAGAUAAUGUCUCAUUUCUGCCCUGGAUGAUAGGAUCACGAAUUUGUCCUGGGAAAAAGUUCAGUCAAGUCGAAUUCGUUGGUGUGAUGGCGAGGGUUUUGUCAAACUUUUGUUUGCGGCCCGAACAAUCGAAUGGUGAGUCUGAGGAAGAAGCAAGAGCCCGCCUGCUCGCGACGCUUGCGCAGAAAUACUUCAAUAUUAGUGCACACCUUCGCCAGCCUGAGAGUGCAAGUGUGCGAUUUGAACGCCGAUGA